AUGGCAACGCUCAACGCCACUCACUGGAACGACACGACGUCCGUUUCCCAGUACCUGGGCUUCCAAGUGCAGAAAAUUUACCCUUUCCACGAUAACUGGAACACCGCCUGCUUUGUCAUCCUGAUUAUCUUCAUCUUCACGGUAGUGUCCCUGGUGGUGCUGGCUUUCCUCUACGAACUGCUAGACUGCUGCUGCUGUGUGAAGAACAAAACCGUGAAGGACUUGGAGAACGAGCCCAACCCUGUCAGAGCCAUGAUGAACAGCUUCAGGAAGCGUGACACAGAGGUGGUGUAA